UUGUUACUCAUACUAAGCUGGCCAACACUCUCUGCUUUUUUCCGGAAACUGAAACUUCGCCGGAAUGCUGAAGCCACGCGCUUUUCCCAAUGCGUUCUCUCUUCUUCUUCUUCUUCUUCAUUCGCUGCUCGCUCUGGUCUCUGCACGAGGAUCUCACAGAACCACUUGGAACACUCUCACUGGAAGUCCACCAUUGGUCAUAGCACGUGGUGGGUCGUCAGGGAUAUUUCCUGAUUCCAGUGAAUAUGCCUACGAAUUGGCAGCACAAAUUAGUUUAAAAAAUCUCAUUGUGUGGUGUGAUGUGCAAUUAACGAAAGAUGGGGAGGGGAUCUGCAUCUCAAACAUCAAGCUUGAAAAUGCUACUGACAUUGAUAAAAUUUUUGAAAAUAGAAGUAAGACAUACUCAGUUAAUGGUGUACAAACCAGUGCCUAUUUUGCUGUUGACUACACCUUAACAGAGCUGCGUUCCAAUGUCUUAUUGAUUCAGGGAGAUUUCGCUCGAAAUCCAAAUUUUGAUGACAAUUUUGAAAUUCUUACUGUGAAUGAAAUGAUCACAAUAACACCCGCAUCUGGACCGUGGUUGAAUAUUCAGUAUGAUGCAUUCUACGCUCAACACAAUUUGAGUAUGAAAAACUUUGUACUUUCUGUUUCUAGAACAGUAAAUGUCAGUUAUAUCUCAUCACCUGAAGCUGGUUUCCUGAGAAGUAUAAAAGCACACAUCAACCCAAGAAUAACAAAAGUGGUCUUCAGGUUUCUGGAAAAAGAUGAAGUAGAUCCAUCAACCAACCGGACUUAUGGUUCACUGUUAAAAAACCUAGCAUCUAUCAAGACAUUUGCUUCAGGAAUACUUGUUCCCAAAGGAUACAUAUGGCCUGUAGAUCCAACAGGUCUUUAUCUACUACCACAUACAUCUUUGGUCUCUGAUGCACACAAAGUGGGACUUGAAGUCUUUGCUUCAGAUAUUCUGAACGAUAUUCCAAUAAGCUAUAAUUACAGUUAUGACCCUGUUGCUGAGUACCUCAAUUUCAUUGACAAUGGAAACUUCUCUGUUGAUGGUGUGUUGUCUGACUUCCCCCUAACGCCAUCUGAAGCUAUAGACUGCUUUGCUCACAUAGGCCUCAAUUCCCCAAAGAAAGUUAACAUCUUGGUCAUUUCAAAAUAUGGAGCGAGUGGAGAUUAUCCUCCUUGUACUGACUUGGCAUAUGAAAAAGCUAUUUCAGAUGGUGUGGAUGUUCUUGACUGUCCUGUUCAAAUGUCAAAGGAUGGAAUACCAUUUUGCUUAAGCUCUAUUGAUCUUAUAGAGAGCACAGAUGUUGCUCUAUCAAGUUUCAGCAAACUUGGCAAAAUUAUCCCAGAGAUCAAAUCUGGCAAUGGAAUAUUUACAUUUGACUUGGCUUGGGAUGAUAUAAAAAGCUUGGCCCCCUCAAUGUUGAACCCGUAUUCUACAAGCUCUUUGUAUAGGAACCCAAAAUCUAACAAGAAGGGGCAAUUUUUAACAUUGUUAGAUUUCUUGAACUUGACAAAAGCUCAGACUUCCCUAUUAGGUGUUGUGAUCAUCAUUGAGAAUGCAGCCUAUCUUGCAAGGAAACAAAAUUUAAGUGUGACUGAAGCAGUGAUUGAUACUUUGAGCAAAGCAGGUUAUGACAAACCAGGGGCUCCAAAAGUUAUGAUUCAAUCCACUAAUAGUUCUGUACUACUGAAAUUCAAGGAGAAAACCAAGUACGAGCUUGUCUACAAGAUUGAUGAGAUAAUUCGUGAUGCUGUUGAUUCAGCUAUUUCGGAUAUCAAAAGAUUUGCUCAUUCUGUGGUUGUCAAGAAGGCCUCUGUAUAUCCUGAUCGUAAACAGUUUGUGACUGGCUCUACAAAGAUUGUGCCAAAGUUCAAAUCUUCUAAUCUCACUGUUUAUGUAGAAACAUUCAGCAAUGAGUUUGUAUCUCAGGCAUGGGAUUUCAUGUCAGAUGCAACUGUGGAGAUCAACACAUUUGUUAAGGAUGCCGGAAUAGAUGGUGUCAUCACAGACUUCCCAAAAACAGCUAAUAGAUACAGAAGGAACAGAUGCUUAAAUUUGGGUGACAGAAAACCUCCUUACAUGAAACCAGUUCAACUGCCCGGCCUUUUGUCAAAAAUAGACAAUUUUUCGUUGCCACCGGCAUUGGCUCCUGUCCCUCCCCUGACUGAAGCUGAGGUGACAGAACCACCAUUGCCUCCUCUUUCUAAAAUAGCCCCAUCUAGCCCUAUUGCUGGGACUGAACCAGGAGCACAACCGCCGCGAAAUGCACAGGCUAAGGUCACCGUCGUCUUCCUUUUGUCCACUCUGACUACUGUGCUUGUAGGUUCUCUUCUGCUUUGAGUGGUGCAGGCUUCCUAAUUCCCAUUAAAAAGGAAAAAUAAAAAUAAAAAUAAAACUAAGAUAGAAAGGGUUGGUUAUGCUAGUUCCCCUACUUCUUUCUGGGUUAAGCAGAAUGAAGCUUUAGUAGUGCUUGAAUAAUUCUUAUUGCUUACUUGCCGUAGUAAAUUAUUUCCAUAAGCUAUUGUAGCUAGGUAUAUUCCCCCCCUCUCCAAACUCUUCCUGUUGUAGCAGUAGCAUGUGGAGUAGGAAACAGCUCUUGGGAAGUAAGAAAUCCAACUAUAUAGUUUGCAUAUGUAUUUUUUUUUUUUUAAUUUGCAGUAAAUUUACAUGAGGAAUUUCUUACA